ACGGGAGACGAGGGUCCCAAGUGAGCCUAAAACCCAUCGCUAUGUGCCAAUAAUGUGCCAAUUUGUACCUAAGAAGUUCCCCAAACGCUUCGGUUGUGUGUAAACUUUGUUCGGAGCCAACAGUUGGUUCGUUUUCGUUUCCGUGGGUUUGGUAAAAUACGAAAGUUUGCAGCCACCUCAGUCAUCGAGUGUGGGAGUGGACCAAUCCAACGGAAUCCAAGCUUCAUUUACCAGCCGCGGUCAACCCUUUUUGCUUUGCGAUGGAGGAUAUAUUCCACUGGUGCCGGGAAGGCAACUCUAUUCAGGUUCGCGUGUGGCUAGACGACACCGAGCACGAUAUGAAUCUGGGCGAUGACCACGGAUUCAGCCCUUUGCAUUGGUGCGCCAAGGAAGGACACUCGAAACUGGUGGAAAUGCUGCUGCUCCGUGGGGCUCGUGUGAACGCAACGAACAUGGGCGACGACAUACCGUUACAUUUGGCCGCGGCUCACGGCCACCUGGAAGUUGUGCAGAUGCUCGUACGGCACCGUUCGGAUGUGAAUGCGGCGAACGAGCACGGAAAUACUCCACUCCAUUACGCGUGCUUCUGGGGUUAUCAGGCCAUUGCGGAGGAACUGGUCAACAAUGGUGCACUGAUUUCGCUGGCCAACAAAGACGGAGACACGCCGCUCGAUAAAGCCAAAGCGCUGCUGACCACGCGUUUGCACAAUCUGGCGGUGGAAAGUGGCCAGGAGCUGAAGAAGAUCAACUUCAAGGAUCAAAACUGGAUGGGUAUGAAGACACGCUCGCGUGACGCAACGCUUUCGCGCUUCAAGGGCAUCAACGUACAGGAUUUGCAACUGCUCAACAAGAUUGCCAUAACGCCGGCGGGCGAGACUUGGCGUGGCCGUUGGCAGAACAAUGAGAUCAUCGCCAAGAUGCUGACGGUUCGCGAGUGCAGCGCACGCGUAACGCGCGACUUCAAUGAAGAGUUUCCGAAGCUGCGCAUCUUUUCGCAUCCCAACAUUCUGCCCGUGAUUGGUGCGUGCACUACUUCACAGUACUUGAUCGUGACCAAUCAGUACAUGCCGCGCGGUUCCCUUUACGAUCUGCUGCACGGUGGUUCGGGGAUUGUGGUGGACACGGUGCAAGCCGUUCGGUUUGCGCUGGACAUCGCCCGGGGUAUGGCUUAUCUGCACUCACUCGAACGAAUCAUCCCCGAGUAUCACCUGAGCAGCUUCCACGUUAUGAUUGAUGACGACCUGACCGCCCGUAUCAACAUGGCAGACGCAAAGUUCUCUUUCCAGGAGCGCGGUCGCGUGUACCAGCCUGCCUGGAUGAGUCCGGAGAUGCUGCAGAAGAAGCGUACCGAUCGCAACUGGGAAGCGUGCGAUAUGUGGAGCUUCGCCAUCUGCAUUUGGGAGCUGGCGACACGCGAGAUUCCAUUUGCGGACCUUACCCCGAUGGAAGCAGGAAUGCGCAUCGCGACCGAAGGCUUAAGGGUGUCGAUCCCACCCGGAACGUCACCGCACCUGGCGAAGCUGAUCAAAAUCUGUAUGAACGAAGACCCAGGCAAACGCCCAACGUUCGACAUGAUAUUACCAAUCCUGGAUAAAAUGAAACGCUAGGCUGGAGGCCCUUCCCGGCUUCACAACGACAAUCGGUGCCUUACACAGUGCUGACCCACAGUGCCUUUCGAUUGCAGCAUCGGAACGAAAUGCUCGAUUUUAUUUAUUGUUACUUACCUCUACUUUGCCGUUGUUUUCGAAUUCGCUGCAGUAAUGCUCGAAUUGUCCAACUAAGACUUUUAUUUUUUGCCCCCCCGCCGGGUUUUUGUGUAACGUUUUAAAACUUUUCAUGUUACGUAUGUGUGGAUGUGCCAGUGAGCGAUCGGAGUAAAAGUAUUAAAACAGUGUAACAGUAGACAAUAGCCAACACGGUUUGGCGAAUGUAACAAAGAACUAGUUGUUUUCCCCUGGCCUCUCGUACUAGUUGCCGUUGCGGCCGGGGACUAGUCCCGCACAAGCAAAGCAAAAUCACGGUUCAUGUUUAGAGCGGCGUGCUUUUACGGCGUUCGUUUUUAUUAUCCAUUUGUCGACGCGUUUAAACUCUCACACCUAACAACUGUGCGUUGUAGUUCUUAGAGCAGUGUACUUGUAUUUUAAUCGAAUAAUGAAAACCAAACCUAACCAAAUCGUUGUCUAAUUUCAUUAAAACGAAUUCGCGAUU